GCGUUGCCAUGGGAACCGCCCGCGUCCUGCAGAAGCGGCGAUGGCCGCCUACGGGGAGGAAGGCGGGGAGCCCCGCUACGCUUUCCAUCACCUCCCGCAAAAAAGCUUUCCAGUGCUGGAGAGCAGGGACACCCGAGACCGCCUCCUCAAGUGGUCCAUGGAUGGCAGAAUCGCUGCACAGGCAUUCAGCUUUGAUCAGAACUUCAAAGGCUACCAGAGGGAUGAUUUCAUUAUGGCCUUUUUUAAUCAUCCAGAUGUUAUCAGCAAUUUGAAAUUGAUUUCCCCUUCUGGACAAUGGACUACAUUAGAUACCAGUGUGAGAAAAAUUGAUGUCAAGAAUAUUCUGUGCAAGCAAGUUUCCAUGUCAUUUUUUGACCGAUUAUACUGUAAAGGGGUUGUUCGAGAAAGUGGAAGUAUUGUAAAGUGUUUUGAUGAAUAUCACGAUAAUAUUCUCAUUGCUGAUGAGUUAAGAAAGGUACUUCUACUGGAAGAUUCAGACCACUAUGACUUAUUUAGCCAUUUAGACCGGGAGGAAUUUCUCUUCUGUCUUUUUAAGCAUCUUUGCCUUGGAGGAGCUCUUUGCCAAUAUGAAGAUGAACUUGGUCCAUACUUAGAAACCACAAAGGCUUUAUAUAAAGAACUUGUGAGUGUUCAAAAGGAUCCCGAAACUAAGGAAAUAAAAAUAAUAUCUACCAUUUUUAAAGUCUGCGCUUAUGAUGCUCAUGGCCUUUGUUACCCUUCAUCCAACAACCAUGAACAGAAUUUUGCCUAUUUGAUUGUGAAUCCUUUGAAACGACACAUCUAUGUUUUGUACCACUCUUUUGGUGAAGCUUGUUUUUAUCAUUGACUCUCUUCUCAGAUAUAUUUGAUUAUUAGAGGGGUGUUUUGUUU